CGUGCUGUGCAGCCGCGGGCGCCGCCACGCUCCGCAACGGGAAAUGCUCGUGUCGCCAGCGCCGGCCUCUCUCUCAGCCAUUGCCUUCUCUUUCCAGCUUGGAGGCCGAGCGGCGGAGCGGCAGCGAAGCAGGGCGAAGCAGAGGCGAAGCAGGCAGCCACGGAACCAGCGACUGGCGGCUCAGUACUGGCCGGACGGUCGCGCGGGAAAGACGUGUGACGCUGCGCUCUGAGGCGAGGGAGGUGCUCGGCUCCGACUCGCACGUGGACCGUGUCUGGCCAAGGAGGAGGACGCGUCUCCUUUGCAUCUUCGUCUCGCGAGAAGGAUUGUGUGUGAAGCUCAACUAAUGAUUUGUUUUGAAGUGUCUUGAAAAAAUAAGUGCUUCCAAUACUUAAAAGAAAAAAAUUUGCUGUGCAGACAAAAGGCUGUUUGGUUAAAAAGUGUGCAAGAGCCGCAGCUCCUCGCGAACGGAAUCCUUCGUUUCGUUCGUCCGCCGCUUGGCAGCACGCCCAUCGCCACCCACGCCCACGCGCCCGCGCCCAUCACUGGAGGUCGCGCGCCCGGAGACAGGUCGAAGAGGAGGAGUGACCGGUGACUGAAGACCAACACCCGGGGACUCCCUGCUCCCUCCCUGUACACCCCCCCCCCCCGCCGCCGCCUAGGGAUCGAAAGGGUUUACUCUGAGUUCUCACCGAGCGAUCCCCGAGCCUUCCGACGGAGGCCCCUGAGCGAGCCCACCCAAGCGACAGCCCGCAGCCCAGGAGCCCCUCUCCCGAGCGCCUGGGAGGAUGCCAGCGCUGCGGGCGCGCAGCUAAGGGCUCACAGGACCUCGGGUCAGAGGCCCCCGCCGCAGCCAUGUCCUCCGGCACCCACUCCUCGGGGGGAUCCUCCUCGGUGGGGCCCCACCUCGUCCCCGUCGGCAUGGCGCUCACGCCCAAGGUGCUCCUCAAGCGACACAAGCUGCCCGCCGCCGCCCACCUGCACAUGCCCGCCCCGCCCCCUGGCCUCGACCUCUCCCGCCCCCUCAUGCUCUACAAGACCUACAACUCCACGAAGGUCCGCGGCGUGUCCCUCCGGCCGGGUCGCGACGGCGCCCUCACCCCCGUCGGCCCGGCCAUCGUCAUCCCAGACUCCUACACAGGCUGGUUCGCCAUCGUGACGAGCGAGGGCCAGACGGCGCCCUUCUUCUCGUCGGUGGAGCAGGUCGCCACCAGCAAGGUCUCCUUCUUCCUCACCAGAUACGACGUGCCCGCCUACACCAACCUCAAGGAUGCCGAGGGUCGCAUGACGUACCAGAAGACGGUGGUGCAGAGCGGCCAUGUGCUCAAGCUCAUGGGCAUCUUCGAGGACCUCAACGCCCGGAGGACCAACAGCGCGGGGCGAGGGCGCGAUGCCUCCAGCGUCUUCAACUGUGAUAAAUACGCCCAGUGUCUCAACUACAGGAAUGAGGUGGUGUUCCUUCCGUUCUCGGCGUCGGGGCGCUUCUACACGACGGCGCACAAGACGAGCAAGAACCCCAACCACGUGUACCUAAUGGCGCACAUCCUCAAGAACCACAAGCUGCCCCUCACCGUCAGGCUCGUGUGCGGCUUCAUGCCCCGCGUCCCGUGCAACUUCACCGGAGUGCUGCGUCUGGAGCAGGCGCAGAAGGAGGCGGUGAUUCUGGCGUGCACGAUGACGGACGAGGCUCAGGCGACUCUGUUCGAGAUCGAUGUGGCGUCCAACUUCGUCCUGACGCCCGUGAAAGACCCGCUGUUCCCCAAGUCGCCCAUCUUCCUCAAGACCGUCUCUUACUGCGACGACGAAGCCGAACCCUGGCGGCGACAGAUCAAGGUGACUCACCAUGUGACCGAGAAGAGGUCAAGGUCAUUGACCCGAUCACUGAGUGACAAAUUCGUGGAGCCGAUGGCCAGCGUGCGGCCGCUGAGCCUGUCGUUCCUGUCGGUGGACAACGACAAGAAGAAGGGGCGCAGCCGCGACCGGUCGAGGGACAGCCGCCAGAGCGAGCCCGGCCGCGACAAGAGCCGGGAGCAGAGGUUCCGUGAGUUCCGCAGCCGCGAGAAGAGCGUGGAGAAGACCAAGUUCAAGUACCACGACUACAGCAACAGCUUCAGCGGCUUCCCGAUCGCCGAGCACAGCCUGGAGGCCAAGAAGAAGAACUCGGACCACCGCAAGAUCUCCAAGCAGAACACGUACGUGCUACAGAACGGGCGCGGCGGCUCCAAGCACCCCGAGCGGCGGGCCGAGAGCGACCUGGGCGGCUACAAGAGCAGCAGCAUCAACAACAGCAUCAACAGCAACAGGUCGGUGGAGAACCUCGAGUACUCGCGCGUGGCCGACGACAUCAGCCCCAUCCCCGAGACGGAGGAGGACGCGUCCGAGAGCCACUACGCCGAGAUCUGCGACUCCGGGCAGCGGGGCCGCAGGCAGCCCUCCGCCAGAGGCCACCCUCCGCUCAUGAUUCGGGGAAGAUUAGUCUGGGAGUCCCCGGGAGAGUUUGCAGAGCGGAGAGGCGUGUUGAGAAGGCAGGCGAGAAGGGGACGAACUAGGAGUCAUGCUCGUACGCACUUAUAUGAUUACAUCGUGUUGCGCACAUAG